AUCAGCACACACAAAUGACUUCUCCUCGACUUCGAUCAAAUGGAAUCACAUUUCUGGACUAGACUUGGACUAUAGCGAAUACACUUUUGUUUGAUCAACCAGUUCAGACCCCUUAGCAGCAGCGACUUCAACUUUAAGCCCCAAACAUGGAUACAGUUUAUGGCACCAAGAAAUACUUUCAGAGCUUGUCGGGUGUUAGUGAUAUAUAUCGAACGCAGACAUGUCGACAAAUGAACACCUCCGAAUACAAUUAUCAAAAUACGCUGGGACGGCGUUCCCAAUUGGGCGCUUACUAUCAUAUGAAUAAGCAGCCCUCCUAUACGAACGAUCAUAGCAUUAAUAGCCAGUAUGGUUACAACACAUGGGGCAUCUGGCGGGAUGGCCGGAAUAUAGCACCCUCCACUUUCUCGACCAAGACCCAUACGCACUAUCCAAAGAACCGAUCCUUCUCGAUCAUACUCACCACGGCAGCGUUUAUAGUCCUACUGGCUGUGAUCUCUAUUGCUGGAUUGGCCUUCUACUUUAGCUCCAUUAAGGCCACACUGGAGGAUCCUGUUCUCGGUUUUGAGGGUUCGUUUCGGAUUGCCAAGGGCGAUCUUUACUCCACGGGAUUGAGAUACAACCAUACCACGACCUACAAACAGAAGAUUGAGUUUUACAAGCGCUUCGUGGAGCGUGCUUUGACGGACAAUGGACUCCAACCGCUGCGCACGGAUGUCUGGGGCUUUGGAGAGGGUCCACUGAUAAAGGUCUCCUUUCGCUUGUUCCUCGAUGUGCGCAAACUGCCACAAAAUAUACUCAGCGUCGAGGAGUACAUAAAGGAGUCACUGUUCUUGGAGACAUCCGCUUCGAAAUCACUAUAUCGCUCACUGCGUCUAGACACCGAAUCUGUGGAGAUUAAGCGCAUUCUGGAUGAGCAGGCGGUGCGCUCAGCGGCUAUAUUGAAGGAGGCAACUGUGCCCACCAGCCAAACUCAGCUGGAGAAACGACUGAUGAAGAAGGGCGCUGCUGCUUCUGCUCCGCCACUGCAGACGAAACCAUUGGGUUUAAGUACGCCCAAGCCACGUGGUCCACCCGCACGGCUCCACUCGCCGGACGAUGAGCCCGAUAUCGAUGUGGAGAAUGCGCCCGUCAUUCAGGGCUCCUUUGAGGGUUCAUUUGAGAUAACCAAAACAGAUGCGGAUAUCGCACGCAAGAAGGCUUCACCGACGCGCUCCUAUCAGGCCAGCAGUCUGCCGCCCAAGACCAUCUCGGUAACGCCGUACUCGCUGCGCGUCAAACCCAAGAAGCCGAGCAUCGAGAAGCUAACCACAAUAACGCCGCAGACACCAACGGUCAGCACCACAAGACAAACCACAAAGACAACAACGACAACCACAAGGAAACCAACGACCAGAAAGACACGACCAACAACCACCACCACCACAACCACAACAACAACAACCACACAAAAACCCACCACGAUCAGCAGCACAACAACAACUACAGCAAAACCCACCACAACCACAACAAGUUCAACAACCACAGCAAAGCCCACGACAACCACUACAACUACCACCACAACAACUGCACCACCGGCAAGCAGCUCAACGCCUAGCGCGACGGCAACCACUCCAUUUACAUAUCCCACUGUCUCCUCCACUGUUGUGGUGCCCAAGCUGGAUGCGAAUCUGUUCACCACUUUUCCCAUACUGGACACACAACCCUGGCGACCCAUGCAUCGUGAGGUGCCCGAAUUGAUGCCCGGACCACCGCCAGCAUUCCCCACCAAAACGCUGCCUGUGCUGGGUGCACCACCACCCACUACACCCACAGUGAAUCAUAUACCACAGCGUCGCAUCGAUGAGCUGGAGCUGCCCUUCAUUGGCGACAAUCCGACACCGCCCUCAGCUGCGAUGCCGGCAAUGCCGGGAAUGCCGGGAGUAACUCUGGAUCCGUUUAUGUCGGGGCAUUUCAUGCGCCUGCCGGAUGGUAAACUGGAUAAUCCCAGUCAGCAGGAGCAGGACAUGAUUUUCUAUCACAACUUUGGCAGUCCCGUCUUUAUGCCCGGCACUGAGAAUAUCGAGAGAUUGGGCGGUGCUCUGGUUGAGCCACAUCCUUUGCCCGUUCCUCUGAUCGAUGAUGUCAUCAUACCACCCUUCCGACCGAUUAAUCCCACGCUGGGCGGCAUCAAUAAGCUGCAGUUCAACAUCGAUGGCAGCAAUGAGAGAUUCGAGCAUCUUGGCGGCGGUGUCAUUGCCAAGAAGCAGGAGAAUGGCACCACUGGUCAGGAGCUAAAAGUGGAUGCACAGCCUCUGGAAACAACCACAACAAAGAUAAGUUCCUCAACAGCAGUAACUGUGAGUGGUUCGACGACGCCUCUCAGGAUUGAGGUGAGUGGUGCACCGACCCCGGCUCCGGUUGUGCCCGACCAGAAAGUCACGGAAAGCUCUGUGCUCGCCGACACCAUUGGUGAGUUCUUCAUGGAGCUGCUAAAGCUGCCCAAGGAGGAGAAUGUCACCACAACACCCGAGCCCGAAAAGAUUGAGUCACGCAUAGAACCGGAGAUAGAAUUGGAACUGGAAGCGGAAUCAGCAUUGGAAUCCCAGAAACCAAAGCCUAACUUUAUGAAUCUAAAAGAGAUCAUUUUGCGUAGGAACUCAGCUCCCUCCACUACCUCCCCAGCGCCUGAACCCACAACGACAGCAACAACAACAACAACAACGACGACAACAACAACCACUGAGUUCCCUAUAACCACAAAAAGAAAUCGGAUACGUCCCAACAGUGACCGACCCACGAUGAUGGAUGAUUCCAACUUGUUUCCCUCGCACUCCAAAUGGGAAUUUGUGAAUAGCUCGUCCCCCUUGAAUUUUGGUUACAAUGGCAAUAUGCGAAAGGUGUUCAAUAAAACACUUCAGGCUUGGGUCUCCGAGGAUGUGGAGAAGACAGAGAACUUUACGUUGCACGACAUCAAGACGCGGAUUAACAAUGCCAGCAAUAUACAGGAUAUAUCACUGAUCUUUGACACACUGGCCUCCAAGUUGGGCAUCACGCCCAGUGUGCCCAUGAAAUUUCCACCCUUCUCGCACAACAAACUGAAGCAUGGCCAGCGUAACGAGACCAACAAGGUGAAGCUGGUGAUCUCAACUACAACUACGGAAUUGCCCGUGAUGGAGUCUAGUGUUAAGAACUUUGUGGAACUGCCGCUGCAACAGCGCGAACCCUUCAUUAAACCCAUGUCAAGUUUUAUGAACGAUGGCUCCGAUGAAGUUUUGGGCGCGGCAAUCCCAGUUGUGGGCGAGGCAGAAGUUGAGGUAAUCGACCCUCUCAAGUACGAGGAGCUGCUUAAGACCUCACAAUUUGCCGAGUCAACUUCUACGUCCACGGAGCCGAGUCCGCAUCAGUUAGUCACCCUACUACCGGUCCGUUCCAAUUCAGGCAUUCGCACCUAUAAACCAUCCUCCGAGGAAUUCGAUGGGGGAUCGUCGCAGCGCAGCCAAAGUCAAAGCGAGAUCGUGCCUGUCUCCAGCAAGCCCAAGUCCAGCAUACGUCGCAAGAUCAACACUAAUCACAGCCGAAGGUUUGGUCAACCUCCAGCGGAGGCGGUGGUUAAGGGUGGCAUCAAAGUCACAGUCAACAAAUAAAGCAACAUUAUUCUUCCAAUUGAGAUUAAGAGGAAAAAAAGAGAAGGUCGUUUAUAAUUAUGAAUAAGUAGUAUAAUUUAAGAACUUAAAAUUAAGUGAUGGAAAUUGGCGUGUACAAAAUCUUGUUCGAAAAUUGUUCAUUAGCAGCUCCAGAGACAACGAACAAUUUUGGAAUGACAAUUUCUGUAGUAUUUUGCAAUAUUUUUGGCAUUCCCCUUUUGCCAAACGUACGGUUUUAAGUCUUUUUUUAGUUAAUGUAUACGAAGCUGUUAACUUUUCCACACAAUAAAACUAUUUCCUUUAGCUACCGGUUAUCGAAUUAAGAAACCGAUUUUAAACAUUACAUGUAUGCAAAUAAGUUUAAUGUUAGUCAAAAAUUAAAUAUAAAAUGCAAUAAGGUCGAUCUUUGAAUAAAUUACGUGUCAAUAACUA